GCCAGAGGCUUCCCGGACUGGUGCUCGAGUCCCGCGUCCCUCACCCCUCCCCACCCUCCCCUCAUCCCUCUCCUCCCUCGCUCCCAGUCCCACUGCUCUUCCUCCCUCCUUCCCUUCCCCCAACCCCGGGCCCGCUCCCGGCCCCAGGCCCUCCACCCGCCCCUUCGCGAUGGAGGUGCCCCGGCCGGAGCCUGCACCAUGCUCGGCCCUCAGUCCGGCCGGCGUGCGCGGUGGCGCCCAGCGUCCCGGCCACCUCCCGGGCCUCCGGCUGGGGUCUCAUGACCUCCUGGGGUCUCCGGAGCGCGCGGCCGCUUCCUCGCCGGUCACAACCCUCACCCAGACCAUGCACAACCUGGCGGGGCUCGGCAGUGAGACCCCGGAGGCUCAGGCCGGGGGCCUGCUCUUCCGAAACCGGCUGGCGCGCCUGUCCCUGUCACGGCGGGCAUCCGAGUCUUCCUUGUCGUCUGACUCCUCUGAGUCUUCCGAUGCAGGUCUCUGCAUGGAUUCGCCCAGCCCUGUGGACCCCCAGGUGGCAGAGCAGACGUUUGAACAGGCGAUCCAGGCAGCCAGCCGCAUCAUCCGGAGUGAGCAGUUUGCCAUCAGACGCUUCCAGUCCUUGCCGGUGAGGCUGCUGGGCCACAGCCCCGUGCUGCGCAACAUCACCAACUGGCAAGCACCGCACGGCUGGAGGAAGGGCGAGGCGGGCAGCCAUGCGGCCGGCAGCUCCGCGGAGGACAAGGAGAAUGUGCGCUCUGAAGGCCGGGCUGGGGGAGCUCCAGGGAGAGACGGCACGGCAGGGGCGGUCCUCCGGCACUGGCUGACGCCUUCUCUCCCUCCUUGCCCACAGGAUGGGGUUGUCUUCAAGGUGCCGUGGAAGCCGGUGCAGCCCAGCCCCACCCGUGCCCAGGCAGAGUGGGCCAGCCGCAGAGAAGCCUUUACCCAGAGACCGAGCUCUGCCCCUGACCUGAUGAGUGUCAGCCCCGAGCGGAAGAUGGAAGUUGGGGAGCUGAGCCCCCUGGCCCGAUCCCCCUUCUCCCUGACCCCCACGGAAGGGACAGCUGAGGAAGACGAUGGAUUCGUGGACAUCCUGGAGAGUGACUUAAAGGAGGACGAUGCAGUCCCUCCAGGUAUGGAGAGUCUCAUUAGUGCCCCACUGGUCAAGACUGUGGAUAAAGAGGAGCAGGACCUCGUCAUGUUCAGCAAGUGCCAGCGGCUCUUCCGCUCCCCGUCCAUGCCCUGCAGUGUGAUUCGGCCCAUCCUCAAGAGGCUGGAGCGGCCCCAGGACAGAGACGCACCCAUCCAGAACAAGCGGCGGAGGAGCGGGACCCCUCCCGUGGAGCUGUGGGAGCCCCAGCAACCUAAGGCCCGUGUGCUCCGCUCCAAGUCCCUGUGUCACGAUGAGAUUGAGAACAUCCUGGACAGUGACCACCGUGGGCUCAUCGGUGACUAUUCCAAGGCCUUCCUUCUGCAGACUGUAGAUGGAAAACACCAGGAUCUCAAGUACAUCUCACCCGAAACGAUGGUAGCCCUGUUGACAGGCAAGUUCAGCAACAUCGUGGAGAAAUUUGUGAUUGUGGACUGCAGAUACCCCUACGAGUAUGAAGGCGGGCACAUCAAGUCUGCCGUGAACCUGCCCCUGGAACGGGACGCCGAGAACUUCCUGCUACAGAGUCCCAUCGUGCCCUGUAGCCUGGACAAGAGAAUCAUCCUCAUUUUCCACUGUGAAUUCUCAUCUGAGCGUGGACCCCGCAUGUGCCGUUUCAUCAGGGAGCGAGACCGCGCUGCCAACGAAUACCCCAGCCUCUUCUACCCGGAGAUGUACAUCCUGAAAGGGGGCUACAAGGAGUUCUUCCCGCAGCACCCGAACUUCUGUGAGCCCCAGGACUACCGGCCCAUGAACCACGAGGCCUUCAAGGACGAGCUAAGGACCUUCCGCCUCAAGACGCGCAGCUGGGCUGGGGAGCGCAGCCGGCGGGAGCUGUGCAGCCGGCUGCAGCAGCAGUGAGGCGCCCACCUCACGCCUGCCACCUUGCUUGCCUGGCAGGGCCCGGGCACCAGCUGCCCACGGGCCUGCAGGGCUGAGGGCCUGCAGGAGGCCCCAGGUGCUAUCCAGGGGACAGACGGUGCGGGUGUCCCGUCCGUCUACCCCGAUUCCCCUCUUCUCCCUCCAAUCAUACUGUGUUCUACAUCCUGGUGUCCCUCCAGCACCCUGCCCCCACCCCUCCCCUGGAGAAGCCCAGCCUGUUGGGUUAGUUAAAUUGGGUGACUGCCAGCUCAAAGGAAGUAUUUUUGACCCCAGCAGGAGGCUUUUUGCCUUUCUUCUUCCUUGUUUUGGUUUGAGUGUGUCUUUCUGUCCAGUAGAGUCCUUUUGUACGUGUCUGCUGAGGCUGGGGGCAGGCCAGAGCUGAGCUCCACCCCAGUGUACACUUAACUGGGCUUGGCCUGGCCCUGCUCUCUCUCUGCCAUCUCGCCCCUGUCUCCACUCCUUCCUGCUCCUCUGUACGGUGUGUCUGGCACCAGCGUUAAGCUCUUACUCUUUCCUCUGUCAGUGUUAGCUGCGUGCUUGGCUUGUCUGUGGGACUUUUGCCCGUCUCAGGACCCGUUCACUGGCUGUCUAGGCUCCCGGUGUCCAGCUGGGGUCAGAGACUCCAACAUUAGUGACCCACCUGGGCCCCAGCUGGUAUUGCCCCCAGAAAGGGCUGUUAGUGUCCUAAGGGGCUCCUGGGGCAAGGGCCCGACUCGUGAGCCCACCCCAGCUCCCAGUGCUGUGAAGCCGGGGGCCUGUAUGGUCAGAACUUGCUGCUGUCUUGUCGCAGGUGGAUGGACGAAUGGGCGGACGGAUGGAUGGACGGACGGAUGGGUGGCCAUGGCUGCACGGUGCCUUGCACACACAUGCACACAGACCAGGUGGAGGCAUUUUGGUGAGCGUGACAGCCUGUGGCAGGAAUAUGUGUGUGUCUGUGUGGACAAAAACUUGACACUUAGGGUUUGGAAAUAUUCGAGAGGAAAUAUCACAGUAGCAGCUAAACCAAGGACCGAGCAACCUCUGGACUCUGACUCUCACAGAUGUGGGAAGGGCUGUGCUCAGAGGCCCGAUGAGUCAUCUGUUAGGGCCUUGGUUCAAUAAAGCACUGAACAAGCUGA